AAAAAGAUAUCAAGUAAUCCAACUAUUAUUUUAUCACAUGUACAAUCGUAACCUGUUGGCUGGUUUGUAGUGUUGCUUUGCAAAUUAAUAAACACACUGCCCUGCCGAUGCUGCGAUGUCCUUGCGACCACAGCCUUCAUUUUAAUGUCAAAGUGAGCGUUCUGUUCUUCAAUAGCAACUGUAGUGUCGCUUCAAGAUUCGACACUGUGAACAUCUGCUUGUCACACCGGUUAGUUCUUUUACGCGGAGGCUGAAGUUGACUGAAUAUGGUGCGGACUGCAGGUAUUUUGAAGUUGGGAGCGCUUAUCUCCGCAUUCAUUCUUGCCAUCUAUCUGGCAUUCCAACUGCUGGAGAUCAGGAUGGACUUCCGGCUGGGAGGCGUGAUGGAGAAAUCAGUUCUCGCGAAAGAAGGUUUAAAUAAAUCAGUUCGGCACAAGUGCGGCCUCUCCAAGGCGUGCCCUGCGGGUCAUUUUGCCUUCAAAAUGGCGAGCGGCGCAGCGAGCGUCGUGGGGCCCAAAAUGUGCCUGGAGGACAAAAUGCUCAUGAGUGCAGUAAAGAACAACGUGGGACGAGGAAUCAACAUCGCCCUCAUCAAUGGAAGAACGGGAGAGCUCAACAAAACAGACUUCUUCGACAUGUGGGCAGGAAAUGUGGCCCCCCUCAUCCAAUUCCUGAAGGGAAUAGAGGACGGGACGGUGGUUAUGAUGGCAUCUUUCGACGAUCCUUCCACCAAGCUCAACGACGAAGCCCGGAAGCUGAUUGCUGACCUGGGAAGCUCGGCCAUUAACAACUUGGGCUUCCGUGAUAACUGGAUAUUUGUCGGAGGGAAAGGGAUCAAGACCAAGAGUCCAUUUGAGCAGCACAUCAAGAAUAGCGCCGAGACCAACAAGUUCGAAGGCUGGCCGGAGGUCCUGGAGAUGGAAGGCUGCGUGCCUCGGAGGGACGAUUGACCCUCGUCGCAUGUUCCUCUUCUGAGCUGUUGCCUUUUUCCGUCCGGUCAGACUGUUCACCGCUGACAAUCUUCCAAAGGGCUCGUGGUGGAAACAUACAGGUCAAGCCCACCAAGAAGGGACUUGCUUGCUGUCUUCUUUUCCUUUCGGCUUGUCCCGUUAGGGGUCGCCACAGCGUGUCAUCUUAUCUCCUGAAUCUUCCUCUCUAACACCCACUGCCCCCCCACAUCCAUCAACCUUCUGUUUGGUCUUCCUCUCCCUCUUUUGCCUGGCAGCUCCAUCCUCAACACCCUUCUACCAAUAUACUCACUCUCUCCUCUCGCCUCUGGACAUGUCCAACCCAUCCAAGUCUGCUCUCUCGAACCUUGUCUCCAAAACAUCCAACUUUGGCUGUCCCUCUAACAAGUUCAUUUCUAAUCCUACCCAAUCGGCUCACUCCAAGAGAGAACAUCAACAUCUUCAUUUCUGUCACCUCUAGUUCUGAUGAUUCCUGUUGUCUCUUCAGUGCCACCGUCUCUAAUCCAUCCAUCAUGGCCGGCCUCACCACUGUUUUAUAAACUUUGCCUUUCAUCCAAGCAGAGGCUCUUCUGUCACAUAACACACCAGACACCUUCCGGCAGCUGUUCCAUCCUGCUUGGACCCAUUUCUUCACUUCCUUACCGCACUCACCACUGCUCUGAAUUGUUGACCCCGUGUAUUUGAAGUCGUUCGCGCUCACUAUUUCUUCUCCCUGGAGCUUCACCCUUACCCCUCCACUGCACUCAUUCACCCACAUAUAUAUAUAUUUUUUUAUUUCGGGCUAAUCUUCAUUCCUCUCCUUUACUUUGCCGUUUUGCAAAGUCCACCACCAUCUGUGCCUCAAAGUUCCUUUCCUGGAAGUCGUACCUCCCCAUCACUACUUCAUCGCCUCUGUUUCUUUCACCAACAUGUCCAUGAUAAUCUGCACCAAUCAUAACACUCUCUGUCUGGGAUGCUCAGAACUACUUCAUCUAGUCCUUCCGGAAUUUGUCUUUCGACUCGAGGUCACAUCCUACCUGUGGGGCAGAGCCGCUAAUCACGUUAUACAUAACACCCUCAAUUUCAAAUUUCAGCCUCAUCACUCAAUCUGAUACUCUUUUCACCUCCAAGACAUUCUUAGGCACCUCUUCUUUUAAAACAACCCCUGCUUCAUUUGUCUUCCCAUCUGUUCCAUGGUUAAAUAAUUUAAACUCUGCUCUUAAACUUCUAGCCUUACUACCUUUCCACCUGCUCUCUUGGAUGCACACUAUGUCAACCUUUCUCCUAAUCUUCACCAACCAACUCCUGACUUUUUCCUGUCAUAGUUCCCACAUUCAAAGUCCCUAGCCUGAGUUGUAGGCUCUGGCAUUCCUCUUCUUCUUCUGCCGCCGAAUCCGCUUUCCUCCUCUUCUUUGUCUUCGACCCACAGUAGCUGAAUUUCCACCGACGCCCUGCAGGUUAACAGUGCCGGGGGCAGGCGUUGUUAACGACCGAUCCGGUUUGGGAUUCUUUAGAUGAACACACAUAUUUGUCUGAUUUUAUGCCGGAUGCCCUUCCUGACACAACCCUCUGCAUUUAUCCGGGCUUGAGACCGGCCUACAGAUUGCACUGGCUUGUGCCCCCACAGGGCUGCAUUUAGGUACAUGCUUGCUAUAAUACCACCCAACCUUAAUCCAGUUAUUGUCAUUAUUAUUAUUAUUGCACUGUCUGCUAUGCCUGCUAAUAUGCCUUCACCGUGAACCAAAAUGUACCAAAUCUACUGUGAACUAUGUAAAUAUAUUUUGUCAAGGAGGAGUCAGAUUGAUUGAAUGAACAAUCUUAAAAUGUCUGGUUUGUAAAUGCUGGAAUGUUUGUCCGACAGUUAAUGUUUAAUACAGCACUCUCGGUACUAUCUUGUUCCACAUACACACACAAUUAGAUGUUAAUGUAUUUGUAAAUUAUGUUCUCUUAAGUAAUCCCCUCUGUGUCUUAAAGGGAUUAAAAAAAGGUGCAAAAGAAAUCACUUCUACAGCAUUUAUCACAGCAUAAUGUUGCUCCAAGAGCAUAAAUGACUUGCCUUUUUUUUAUCUGUGAAUUAAAGUGUUCACAUGGGUU